CCCGAAGGAAAUCCGAACAAGUCCAAUUAAUUUCUGUAUCCUACCCGCUCAACACAAUCCAAUCUGAAUUCUUUGUAAUCCAAUUUCUAUAUCCUCAAAUUAACUCAAACCAGAUGGAUAUGGCCGAUGUUCAUGUUCAUGAUCACGUGAGAGCAGGUUAUGGCUCAUCAGCAGCAUCAGCAGAAACUCAUGAUCAAAUACCAAGUGAAGAAGAAGACGUCGACUUAAGAAAAGGACCAUGGACAGUUGAGGAAGACUCCGUUCUCUUCGAUUACAUCAACAUCCACGGCGAAGGGCGCUGGAAUUCACUGGCUGGCCAUGCAGGUCUUAAACGAACUGGUAAAAGCUGCAGAUUAAGAUGGUUAAAUUACUUGCGGCCCAGUGUUCGACGAGGAAACAUAACCCUCCAAGAACAGCUUUUAAUUCUUCAACUUCAUUCUCGCUGGGGAAACAGGUGGUCCAAGAUAGCCGAAUACUUGCCUGGUAGAACAGACAAUGAGAUAAAGAACUAUUGGAGAACAAGAGUCCAAAAGCAAGCAAAGCAGCUCAAAUGUGACGUCAACAGCAAACAAUUCCAAGACGCCAUGCGUUACGUCUGGAUUCCCCGCCUUAUUGAGCGGAUCCAGGCAUUGCCUCAAUCUUUACCAGGUCAAUCCAGUCAUGAGAGUACCGAUCUCACCACUGCAUCCGAAUCUCAAUACUGGAUUGAUUCGAAUUUCAUGCCCGAAACAUCGGGCAGUUCAUCAUCAGAGUCAUCGGAUCAGCUUCAAGUUUGUUCAAUUCCGGACCCUACUACUACUGAUCAAUUCAUGAACUAUCCAUCUACGAAUCAAUAUGGUUCAGACAACCAAAAUGGUACAAAUUCAGAUUUUCUAGGUUUUGAGCAAAGCAAUUAUUGGUCAUCAAGUGGUGGGGACUUAUCAGUGGAGAAUUUGUGGAAUGAAGAGAAUAUAUGGUUCCUGCAACAACAGCUUAGUGAUGACCAGUGGAAUUGAUCGGGGUCUAAUCACAUCAUACUAGUUUUCUUACGUGACGCAUGGGUGAUUCCAUGACGUUAUCAUAUCAUACUAGAAUAGAAAACAGCUGCAUUAUUCCAAAUUUGACAAACUUUAGAAAGAGACUUUUUGUUGCGUUUAAUUAAGCACAAAUACAGACCAUAUUUUUAUAUUUUUAGGUUGAUUUUGGGGAGACUCUAACUAG